AUGAAGAGAGAGAAAAUCAACACCCUCAAGCAAAAAUGCAAUGAUGGUUCGAAUUAUACCAUGUACGAGGUGGUGGCAGGCCACGUGUGGCGCUGCGUCAGCAUUGCCCGCGGCCUGCCACCAGAUCAGGAAACGAAGCUGCAGUUACCGGUGGACGCGCGGCAGAGGCUACGGCCCCCUCUCCCGCUUGGAUACUUCGGGAACGGGAUCUUCUACACCGGCGCAUUUGCUCUGAUUGGGGAGCUGGAAUCGAAGCCGUUGAAGUUUGCGGUGGAGAAAGUGCACGAGGCAAUCGUUAGGGACGAUGCAUACAUGAGGUCUGCUAUGGAUUACUUGGAGUUGCAUUUGCGAAAUGUGGAAGGCAUUGUUCGCAGCCAAAACAAUGUGAAAUGCCCCAAUUUCGGGAUAACGAGCUGGGUAAGGCUGCCGGUUCACAAGGCGGAAUUCGGGUUGGGGAAGCCUGUUUUUAUCUGUCCUGGCGGAGCUCUCUCAGAAGGAAAGAGUUUUCUGUUUUCUGAUCAGGAAAAUGAAGGGAUCGUGUUUCUUGCAAUCACGCUGCACCAACCACAUAUGGAACGAUUUCAGAAGUUGCUAUACAACAACGAUUCAUGCAUCAUGUCUAAUAUUUAAGCAUUCUAGUAAUAAGUUCCUUCUUUUUAUUGUUCACGGUUGGUUAAUGUGUGUCCAUGUGUGUUUGUACUACUAAGAAUUGAACUUCAACUAAGAAAUGUUUUUAUUUGAACUCAUCUACUUAUAGUAUUUGACUAUGAGUAUUUUCUA